AUGCAACGCAGUCCAAGCAACUCAACCCGUCCAGACUCUGUACUGCAAGAUCUAACAACACCAGAAGACAGCAUGGGCGGGCCUUAUCGAACGCCGUCACCAGCCCAGGAGGUGUACAUGAUUUCAAACAACACCAACUCGCCUGAAAGCAUGUACUACUCAUACACCACCGAGCCAGAACAGCUUCCUGAAUACCACUAUGGUAUCGAGACUCAAGAUUGCUUCGUUGCAGAAGAUCAAGUGGAUGAGCCAAAGACUCCUACUAAGAGUCGUACGACGGUGUCCUGGCAUGGAUUGCUCUCACCGCAGACCUCUGGCUUCAUGGGUGAUGGUUCGAAGACGGACACUGUGCAUUUGGACGUCGAGAUGAGCGAUGCCGGUACAGCUGGAGCUCCGAAUGGCUUUUCAGUUGGAGAAACUUCCGAUCGCGAUAUCCCUGGCAGAGAGAACAAGAACGAUGGUGAUGUCGAAAUGGUAGAGCGUGAUGCGGCACUUGCGCGCGAGUUUGAGGAAGCUUCGAGUCCCACGCCGAUGCGCCGUAGUGCCAGACUGCGCAGACCGCGGCCAUCCUUGUUCGAUAUCAAGCCGUCUACACCUGCUACACCCACUCCACGUGCCACCCGCAAGCGCCCCGUAGACGACGAACCCCCCGCUCAACCCGAAUUCAGCAUUGUAGCUUGCAGUUCUGAUCCCAUACCGCUCGAGGGACUUCCGACUGUGCACUCAUUGUCCUGGCAACUACAGUACCCGCCUGGCGGGAGCACGCAUCCGUCCUAUCCAUACCCAGUUCUAGAUCCGCGGCUGAUAUUUCACCAACCAUUCGUACCCGUUGUCGAUGGCUUGCCGGAUAUCACUCGCGUGCCGAAGCUCACACUGCCUAUGAAUUGGAAGCAUGUCUCAUGGUCUGGUCUUCUCCCUAUUGUCUUCGAUCCUUACCGUCAGGCGUUCAAGCUGACUCCUAUCGGACCAUUGCCUCUCACGUGCGAAGAGCUGCGUCAAGCGGGCCUACACAAGUACGUACCGGGCGGAGAGCUUCACCCAGAGUAUGGCUUGCUCCCAGAUAUGCUCAAGUUGAGCGACGGAUCAGACGCAGAAGUGUUCGACUUUGACGGCGUCGACUGGACGUUGCCGUGGGAGGGCCAGUUGAACUUCCAUGCACCAGCUAUCUCAGGACCCGCGUCGAGCAAUAGGACUGAUAGCCUGAUCCGUUCUGGUACUUUCAAUGUAUUCAGCCUGGAGAUUUCUCACCCGUGGCGUGAGGCGCGAGACUGCCCGGACAUGAUCAUCGACCUCGCAGACGGCUGGCGUUGGCUUGCCUCAAAAGAAACCGAUCCAACUGCCGACUUUACUCUCACACCAGGAAAGACCCGACGCGGUACUGGAGCUCUCCGCUCAAACCGCAAACUCAAGUCUCCAAUCCCCGAGCUCAUGAUGCUAGCCCUCGAAGCAGAGCCCUCUACCUCACCAUUGUCAACUGAGCUCAACCCCAUCCUCCAGAACCAAGACCACUACCCCACCAGCCCAACUGUCAAUCUAUUCUGUCCCUUCAAGAGCGUCGCUACACCCGUAAACGUUGACAUCACACUGCUAGGCGAUACGGAAUUUACAAUCAUGGAGCUGCUAUCCUACUUCCCACAGCACUACUACUGGGGUCACGCAGCAGACCGCCUAGCACGUGCGGGCAUCCCUGCGAGUUUUGUUUGCAAAGUACUCAGCAUGACGCGUGCACUGGACGGCGAUACCGUACCCAAAUCUGGUACUAUUAAUAGUGCGGCUAAGAAUGCGCGGGAGAGGGAUGUCGUCAAGCGCGGAGCUACGGACGAAACGGAAACAGAGGAAGGCGAUGGAGAUACGCUUGUUCCCGUGCCGGUCUCGUCGACUAAACCCGAUAGCACAGAAGUUGUUGCUAGUUAUACGGCUGAGGGCUGGACCUACGAUGUCUGGGGCAAAAUCGACUACCCACUUCUUGCUCUUGCGCACGGUCUGCAGUUGCUUCCUUCAGGUGUGGAUGCUGGGCCGUUGACUAAGGCGAUUCUUUGGUGCAGGGAGAAUGAGCGUCAUCGCAUUCUGCUGAGUGAGGUUCCCGGUUUGUUGAAGGAAGUGGGUAUCGAGUCGUUGAUUGAACCUGGUGAGGCUGGAUGUCCUGACAAAGAUGUUACGGGCAGGCAUGCAGAUGCGUUGAAGAGGGAGCGGUUGAGGUUGUCGAGGAUGGCGAAGGCGGAGAAGAUAUGUAUGGAAGGGGGUGCGGAGGGGAGAGGCAAGAGGAAGAGGGUGGAGUAGGUGUUGAUGAAGGUUGGUGUAGGGAUGUGAUGAAGGAGGGGACGUCAGGGCAAGGAAGUGGUUGAGAUGGAGAUGAAAAUAGGAAGACGUGUGGGAAAAGAAAAGGCUACGGAGUGAGGAAUGCCAUACCCCAGUUGGCUGUUUGAUCAGCCCUUGCAGAGAAUCAUGGGGAAGUAACACCCAUCGCUCUUGACGAUCUAGGUAAUGGCAAAGUUCGAGCUAAGCAGGUAGUCAACAGCAGCAGCAUCACACUCACUCCUUGUGCUACAACAAAACCCUAAUACAAUUCAUUUAAUUUCGUAUAUAUCCUUUCCAUACCUGCCAUUAUGCACUUUGUACAAAAAAAACGCGACAUGUAGAAGCCAAUUUGA